GAGAUCUGCAAGGCUUUAAAAGGCCAGCAGCUCCAUAACUACAGCAGAGAGCAAAGCAUAAGUGACUCGGCCAUAAGGGAAGUCUAAGCAUAAGAAAAUAUGAAAGUUCUCUUGGCAUUGUUUGUUUUUGCCUUCCUUCAGUACUCUUCUUACAGUGUUCAGGUUCAGGAUGGAGAUGUGUCAUUCUCAUUGGAAUCAGUAAAAAGACUAUGGGCCCUAAUGGACACUGCAAGGAAUCCUAACAUGGCUCCUGUCAGUUUUCAAGCUUUGUGUGCCAAUGUUGCCCUUCCAGAGGAAUUCAAAGCCCUUUGUGAAAAGCAAGAAGCCAGUGCUAUCUUCUACAGACUUGGGAGACUAUUGGAAGAAGCAGACCUUUGUGAAAUCUGUUCCAAUGCAGCCUGUACAGGAUGCUUGUAGAAAGUCUGGAGAACCUUUCUUUGCGACUCUCACUCUACUAAAUUUUAGCUAUCUGAAUUCCUGUCCAAAUAUUCUCAAAAUGAACUUGCAAAGAGAUGUGCAAAUUUGUGAGCUUAUUAAAUCGUUGUGAGAUUUACAUUCUCAAUAUCUUUUUUCAUGCUCUACUUGUAGUAACAAAUGAUGAUCAGUAGAGGGCACCAAACAGUGACUGGCAAUUAACACAAAUUGACCCUUCCAUCCCAUUUAUGAUCCGCUUAUUUAUUUCGGGACAAUGUCCAAGCAUCAAUGGACACAAGGCAGGAAAUCAUCCUGGAUAGUCAGUUUGUUCAUUACAAUCAGCUGGCCAGUUUAGAAUUAGCACUUAACCUAACAUGCAAACCUUUGAAAUGGUGAGAGACCAGGAAGACCAGUGAACCAUCCACACUAAGAGAAUGUAAAACUUCCAUGCAUAUGGUGAUUAGUCUGGGAUUCUAACCCACGUUGUAUUUUGCAGGGUGGCAAAUGGUCAGUGAACACUACUUUUUUUUAUCUCAGGCCCAAAGCAAGUCCAAAAACAUCCACACAAACCUCAAUAAAAACACAGAGAACAAAACACACAUACAUUUUAGGGUAGAAAAAGGCACUAAGCUUAGCUUUUAAUGUUGAUAUUAAUUCAUGAAAGAAACAGCUGUAAAGGCAGCACAUCUACAACAUCAAAUGGAAACAAAGCAGCUUCUGGUCUGACGCCGAGUCUCUCUGGCUGUCCGACUGGAGGCUGGUGACUUGGCUCAGAGAAAAGAUCCAAAAGGCUGGAUGGCAUAACGACUUCCAUCAUGAUGGCAUUCUAAUGUCAUCUCAUGAAGAUAAUGUAGAUGGCAGCAAUGGAGUUUUGUAACUUGCUUCUUUCAUUAUUUUAUUCAAAUAUUAUUUGCAUUGGCCUAAUAAACAGUACAUUUUCAA